AAAAGUCACGAAGAAGAAGACUGAGCCCAGAAGGGAGAGCACGGUACCGAGGACGGUUCUGUCGCGGUUCUUCUGGGCUUUUCUGCUUUCGGUUAUUGGACUCGUGCGGAGGGAGGCUGUUCUGUGAGGACUGGCCCGAGGAGGACGGCUGAGGAGCGGGGGAGCUGAGCGCUGCUGCCGCCGGUACCAAGUUCGUGACGUGGCCGAGCAGCUCCGCAGUCCGAACCAGUACCCGGGACUGAGUCCAGUCGGUGUUCCGAUGGGACAGCGUCGGCCUGUGUGCUGAAAACGGAGCAGUAAACGCGGGAGUGGAGCGGCGGACGCAGCGGGACAUCAUGUGGAGGAGAGCCGCCCUGUGCUGCCUGCUGCUGGGCAGCUUUCUGCGCCCUGCCCGAGGUCUGAACUUGUGUACGAGUGGCAGUGCUGUGUCCUGUGAGGAGUGCCUCCUGACUCACCCCAGCUGUGCCUGGUGCGCACAAGAGGACUUUGGACCUGGCCGCUCUCUGGCAUCACGAUGUGACUUCAGUGAGAACCUGCAGAAAAGAGGCUGCGCGGCCCGCUUCAUCGAGUACCCCACCAGCAGCAUCUCUGUCCUCCAGAACAGACCCCUGAGUUCUAAAGGAUCUGGAUCAGCCCAGUUCAACAUAGUCCAGAUCAGUCCUCAGGAGAUCUCGCUCAGUCUGAGACCCGGAGAGCAGACGCACUUCAGCCUGCAGGUGCGGCAGGUGGAGGACUACCCAGUAGAUCUCUACUACCUGAUGGACCUGUCCCUUUCCAUGAAGGAUGACCUGGACACCAUCCUGAACAUGGGCACCAAGCUGGCAGAGGAGAUGGGGAAGCUCACCAGCAACUUCAGGCUGGGUUUUGGUUCCUACAUGGAUAAAACCAUGUCGCCGUUCUCCUACACUGCACCCAAGUACCAGGAGAACCCCUGCAACGGGUUCAAGCUGUUCCCCAGCUGCGUUCCCGCCUUCGGUUUCCGGCACAUCCUCUCCCUGACGGACAAAGUGGACCGCUUUAACGAGGAGGUGCAGAAGCAGAUGGUGUCUCGGAACCGGGACGCUCCGGAGGGCGGGUUCGACGCCAUCCUGCAGGCUGCAGUGUGUCAGGAGAAGAUCGGCUGGAGGAAAGGGGCCCUUCACCUGCUGGUUUUCGCCACAGACGAUGUGCCGCACCUGGCUCUGGACGGCCGGCUGGGAGGCCUCGUCCAGCCCCACGACGGACAGUGUCACCUGAACGAGCAGAACGAGUACAGUGCCUCCACAAAGAUGGACUAUCCAUCUCUGGCUUUGCUCGGAGACAAACUGGCUGAAAAUAACAUCUUCCUCAUCUUCGCUGUGACCAAACGGCUGUAUGUUAUUUACAAGAAUUUCACCGUGCUAAUACCAGGAACCAGUGUGGAAAUUCUUGACCAGGACUCCAAGAAUGUCCUUCAGCUGAUUGUGUGUGCUGCUCAGAACAUUCGCUCUAAAGUGGAGCUGACGGUGUGGGACCACCCCGACGACAUCAGUCUUUCCUUCACCGCCACCUGCCAGGACGGGAAGCCUCGCUCGGGCCUCAGGAAGUGCACCGAGCUAAAGAUCGGAGACACGGUGUCGUUCAACGUGAGCGUGGAGGCGAGGAGCUGCCCUCCCCAUGGUGCUGACCAGAGCUUCACCAUCAAACCCGUGGGCUUCAAAGACAAGCUGGAGGUGUCUGUGAGUUACCUGUGUGACUGUGGCUGCAGCCGGACCGCUCAGACCAACAGCAGCAUCUGCAGCGCCGUCGGUAUGUACAACUGUGGCACCUGUCGUUGCGAGCCAGGCUACCUGGGCGCUCGCUGCGAGUGUCAGGAGGGCGAUGCCAGCAGCCUGCACCUCAGCUCCUGUCGAGAAGCCGAGGGUAAGCAGGUCUGCAGUGGACGAGGCGAGUGUAGCUGCAACCAGUGCGUGUGCCACGAGUCCGAGUUUGGCAAAAUCUACGGCAGCUUCUGCGAGUGCGACGACUUCUCCUGCCCUCGGCACAAAGGUGUUCUGUGCUCAGGUCAUGGAGAAUGCCACUGUGGCGAGUGUAAAUGCCACGCUGGGUAUAUUGGAGACAACUGCUACUGCUCCACAGAGACGUCCUUCUGCGUUUCUGAAGAUGGGAGGAUGUGCGGCGGACGAGGAGACUGUGUGUGCGGACGCUGUCAGUGCACGGUGCCGGGAGCUUUUGGAGACACCUGUGAAAAAUGUCCCACCUGCCCCGAUGCCUGUGGUACUAAAAGGGAGUGCAUCGAGUGUCGGCUGUUCGAUUCAGGGAGACUCGCAGACAACCAGACCUGCCAGCGCCUGUGCAAGGAUGAGAUCAUCGUUGUGGAGACCCUCGAACCCGAUGAGCCCGGUUCUGUUCUCUGCCUGUAUAAGACGCAAAACGACUGCGUCAUGAAGUUCACCUACUCUGAACACGCCAGUGGACGGUCCGUCCUCACAGCCCUGAAAGAACCAGAGUGUGGCAGGGGUCCGGGUGUCCUCACGGUUCUGCUGGCUGUGGUCUGCAUCAUCCUGCUGUUUGGACUGGUUCUGCUCGUUGCUUGGAAGCUGAUCAUCACCGUGCACGACCGGCGAGAGUUUGCUCGCUUCCAGAACGCACGCUCACGCGCCCGAUACAAAACGGCCUCCAACCCUCUGUACAAGCAGCCUGUCUCGACCCACUUCUUGGAGACGGACAUGUUUGGGAAGUCCUUCAACGGCGAGGUCCACUGAUUCCACGUCAGCAGGUCCAGACCCCCGAAGGACCGAGCGCAGUGGACCGCAGACUCAACACUCCCCUCCCUCUGCGCUUCGAGAACGAAACUGAAACUGGUCCAGAGGGUUCGUCCUCCACGAAGGACCGAACGCCGCAUGUAGCUAAAAUCACAAGACACUUUACAGAGCAGCUAAACUUCAGCUGCUGUUUUUAUAAACACUGAAGGCGUCACCGGAUCAUUUCGACGGCGCUGAAGAAUCGUUUGACGCUAACAUUUUUACUAAACUUUACACUCGUGGUGUUUUUGUUAAGAAGAGAUGAGGUCACUUCCUGUGAAGAGUUGCUUCACUGAUGAAGAUGAUGGUGGUGUCUGAAGGGCGGGGCACCCCUCAGGUUAAUAACUAGACCCAGGUGGAUCUCACUCAAAACUGGUUUUCGUUUCAACAAAAACUUGUUGGACUUUUUCAAGACUCAAACUUGGAAGUCCCUGAAGGCCUAACGCCUGGCGGCCGGGGCGCUUCCUGCAGGCGCGGCCACUAAAAUGAACACAGGUGGUUUGUUUUGGGGGGGGUUGAGCAAUAAUUCAGCACCAGGUGAUAGACUGGUCCCAGUUAUCUGAACGAGUCUGACAGACCAGCUGUUCAGUUCCUCUUUAACUUUCUGAUGGCUUCAUUUGCAGCCGAGGCUUCAGGAGAACUUUUAGCUCGAUGAUUAAUUAAAACAGGCGUUUAUAGUGAAGAGUUCGGAUCGAAAACAGUUUGACGAUUAAUUAAAAACAGGCGUUUAUAGUGAAGAGUUCGGAUU